CGUCGAAAUAACAGGAAGUGUGUAUGUGUGUUUCUUUCCUGUCGCUGUUGUAAGAGAUUAAAGCUAAACGACAACAACAACGUCAACAGUGACAGAUUUGACUUUAUAAUUAAUCCGAUUAUCGACAUGUAUUGAUGUAUUCGGCCUCUCGAUUAUGUUUGCUGACGGUUCUUCGGCGUCGCUGUCGGUGACAAAACGACGCCCGCGGACCAAACAUUAGCUAAAAAAUAGCAACAUCAACAACAGCAGCAGCAGCAGCAGAAGAAGAAGAAGAAAGCCGAGUAGUAUGCUGGACGUGGGGAAGUGGCCAGUGUUUGCACUUCUUCCUCCCGAGGAGCUACGGUUAAUCCGACAGGCCUGUGUCUUUGGCAGUGCCGCAAACGAAGCCCUGUAUGUCACAGUCAACGAUGAGGUCUUUGCAUUGGGCACAAACUGCAGCGGCUGUUUAGGGCUGGGUGAUCUUCAAAGCACGAUUGAGCCGCGCAGGAUUGAUGUCCUGUGUGGAAAGAAGAUUGUGUCCCUGAGCUACGGAACAGGACCACAUGUGGUUAUCGCUACUGCAGAGGGAGAGGUGUUUGCUUGGGGCCACAACGGCUACAGCCAACUGGGAAAUGGGACUACCAACCACGGACUGACCCCUGCCCUGGUUUCCACCAACCUGCUCAGCAAGAGAGUGACGGAGGUCGCCUGUGGCUCCCACCACACCAUCGCCCUCACAACCGACGGAGAGGUGUACGCGUGGGGCUACAACAACUCAGGCCAAGUGGGCUCGGGGUCCACUGCCAACCAGCCGACACCGCGUCGUGUCAGCAGCUGCCUGCAGAGCAAAGUGGUGGUCAACGUCGCCUGCGGUCAGCUCUGCUCCAUGGCCGUCCUGGACAAUGGAGAGAUCUAUGGUUGGGGCUACAACUGCAAUGGACAGCUCGGUUUGGGCAACAAUGGGAAUCAGCAGACACCGUGCAGGCUCGCGGCUCUCCAGGGCAUCAACAUUGUCCAGGUUGCCUGUGGAUAUGCUCAUACACUGGCACUCACAGAUGAGGGAGUUGUUUACGCCUGGGGGGCAAACUCGUAUGGGCAGCUAGGAACAGGAAACAAGAGUAACCUAGCGUCCCCCACUCAAAUAAACACAGACAAAGAGAGGAUGGUGGAGGUGGCCGCGUUUCACACCAGCCACACGUCCGCCGCCAAGACUCAGAGUGGACAGGUUCUGAUGUGGGGCCAGUGUCGAGGUCAGGCUGUGGCCAGUCCCCACGUCACACACUUCAGCAGCACGGACGACGUGUUUGCGUGUUUCGCCACACCUUCAGUGACGUGGCACCUCCUGUCAGUGGAUGGCGACGACUACCUGACUGUGGCUCAGUCUUUGAAGAAGGAGUUCGAUAGUCCAGAGAUUUCAGACCUGAAGUUCCUGGUUGACGGGAAGUUUAUCCACGUCCACAAAGCCCUGCUCAAAAUCCGGUGUGAACAUUUCCGUGCACUUCUGAACGAAACAGACGAGGACGCUAUAGAAAUCCACCAGUUCUCAUAUCUGGUGUACAGAGCUUUUCUGGAGUAUCUCUACACAGACACAAUUAACCUGCCACCAGAGGACGCUAUUGGGCUGUUAGAUUUGGCCACAUUCUACCGGGAGACGAGGCUGAAGAGGUUGUGCCAGGAGACGAUCAAGAGAGGCAUCUCCGAGGAGAACGCCAUCACUCUGCUGUCCGCCGCGGUCAAGUAUGAGGCGCGGGACCUGGAGGAGUUCUGCUUCAAGUUUUGCGUCAACCACCUCACGGCCGUCACGCAGACCCAGGCCUUUGCAGACAUGGACCACGACCUGCUCAAGAACUUCAUUAGCAAAGCCAGUCGCUACGGGGCCUUCAAAAACUGACUAGAAAGCCCCCGCGGUGACAAGUGUGAGGUCCUGAGUGUCGACCCGAGACCAAAGUAAACACAAGGCCUGUCACGACUUCAAAGCCUUGACACUUGGGAUGUAAACAGUGGAGAAGCCGACUGGUUUCAGGUUUCACCCUCUAAGAGAAGACGCCUCGGUGUUGCUGCCCUAACCUCGCACAAACACACCGGUUCCUUGAUGGGUUUAAUAAAUAUUUACUCUUCCACUCAGUCACAAGCUGACAGUCAGUACGUUUCCAUGCCCACUUAAGUUGAACCAAGGUUGUAUCUUAAACAACCGGUUUCAUUGCUGCACCGUCUUUGUCCCAGUGCACAGCACGAGCGAUGAGUCGGAAGUGCGGCCGCCUCCUCUGCACUAGGUGGCGAUAGCCCCCGUUUCAGCCCGUUUUGUAUCAGGUGUUUUCGGGGUGACAGAGUAGAGGUGGGCAAUAUGGGCACAAAAAAAAAAUCUCAGUAUUGUUUUUUUUUUGGGAUUUUGAUGAUAACGAUUAUAUCAAUGGACGUAAUGUUUCAGGAAAACAUUUUCUUUUAAGUUUAGCAUUUUAAGUGAAAAUUCAAAGACUUAUUAUAAUUGAACUACAGUGUAGAAACAUGUGAUCUCUGCUGCACACAUUCAGGGAACAUGUGGACUUUCAGUGCGUGUUUCAUCAGUUUUUGUGAAGUCAUUUACAUACUCAAUAAUUUAAAUUUGCGUAUCUUUAAAACGACAACAAUCCCAACAUUGUUGUGGACGAUAUGUCUUGCCCACCUCUAUGACAGUGCUGAAAUUCUGUCUCCUUGUCAGUCCAAAAACACACAGACCACGUUUCUCUCGCUGUUGUUUGCUUCUUUUGUGCAUCAUCCUCUUUAAUUUUACGGGUCAAGGCCCUGGAGCGGAAAGUUUGGGACAUGUGCACAGUAUCUAGGAUAUCUAGGCCAGUUUAGAUCCAGCAGAACGUACAGUACAACUAAACGACUGUGACUGGACUCACAACCACGUUAUCUCAGCGUGUUAGUCAAAGUCAAUUUUCCUUGAACGCCAUGUAAAUGCACCGUCUGUAGACGCGCGGCUCUGCCGCAGGUGUCAUCUCGAAACCAGAAAGCACUGCACGCUUGACUGCAUUCAUUUUAGAGCACUGCCCCUUUAGAGGGAUAUUGUAGGUUUCUUUUGAAGUGUGGUUCCAUGAAGUACAGACAUUUAAGCCGGCUCUUUCACACUAAAACUAUCCUGAGUGAACUGUGAGGGAAAUUUGACGUCACAAAUGCACCGCAAACAAAACAAGACAACGUAGCUCAGUCAAUCUGUCACCAUCGUUUCUAUUUUAUAUCUUUUUUUACUUCUGUCCACAGUUGUAACAGGUCAGAUGAAAAACAUUAACAUUGCUGCCAAAAGUUAAGUAUGACUAAGUAUUAGUCUCUUCAUUUGAGUUCCCUUGAAUGUAAAAUUUGCUCACAUUGCAGAGUGAACACCAAUUAAACACGCUCACAUUUAAGUGAGUGGGAUUGGGGUAAUAGUCAGUAACUAGCUGCCCUUUGCACACCCACAGUAACAAGAAUGUGCCUGUUUACGUCUACGAUAUUUUAGGACUGUCUUAUCGGUUUUAUCUCACCAUUAGACAGUCUUUUCUAGCCAAGUCCAUAGAGAAAAUCUGCAUUUUUAAGCUCCUCGGGACACAGCAGCCCCUGGUUAACUGCUGCCCCCUUUGGUUAGUUUAUGUUACUUAGGCAAAGCUGAACAUAUUACGUUAUGCACUGAAAACACAACAUAAUGUAUUUGAAGUUACAGAUGGAGGCAAUAGUGGGUUAAAAACUCAUGUGUACUGUGUUAUAAAAUUGCUGAUUUUCUCUAUAGACGUUGGUUCGGGAGAGUGAGAGGUUUACAAACCUCAGUUCACGACCAGAAAAACAGCUUCAACUGCACGGACACAUAUCAAUCAUGUUCUUAAGAUACCGUAGACUCAAACAGGCAUAGAUUUAAUCAGAUUUUGUAGCUAAAAAUGUGUUUUUUCCUUCUGUCCCUGCUGCCAGGUUUAGUGUGAGAGUGACUGUCUGGUUCACCAACAUCCACACUUCAAUAAACCUAGACCCUAAUUGCUUUUCUUUUAAGGGAAGCCUUGAUUCUCAAACAGUGUAGAGAAUAUAGAAGUAUUUAUUGAAUUAAAAACAAGCAAGCUCUUUGUCUGUCCGACAAACAGCAACUUAUUACUUCUGAACAAUUAUAGUUUUGUGUUUUUUUUAUCCGAUCAGUGAUAAUGUCUGUUUUCUUGUGUACUGUCAGUGGUAAAGUUUUGCCAUUGUGUUUAUAGUUGGUCACCUGGGUUAGGGUUUUAGGGUGCCAUCCAAAGUUAUGCUGAUCUUUGUUCUGAUUCACAUUUGCACUGUUGUGGUGAAGAUGGGCUACAUCCACACUAAUCUGUUUUUGUUUAAAAAUGCAUAAAUUCUGCUCCAGUUUUGUCAGACAUCCACACGACCCCUGGCAUUUUCAAGCCCUGAAAAUGGAGACGUUUGAAAAUGACGACGCACUACACUGAGUUCAACUAUCAGCUGUGAAAGAAGGACUUGGUUUCACAAAACACUAUUUUUAAAUGAAAACGCAGCAGCAGUGUGGAUGUAGCCUCAGGUGCUGUUACAUCUGUUACGUUUUAUAAACCCACUUCAUGUUUACUUGAGUUCCGAUUUCAACCCACUCUGUUCAGGUGGAAACAGUUACCUACACUUGUUCUCUGACUCCUGUGAAGCUCGUCAAUCACGUGUCACUGCAGUUUGUUAUGUUUACAAAAAGUCGGCAGGCAAACUUUGUUCAUAAACAAGUGUUUCUCUAUAUUUCUUCCCCUUGUCGUGAUUUAAAAACACUAGCUUAGUGGAAAAUGCCAACUGUGAUAAAAGUAGCCUGUACGUCAUAUUAUAGGGUCACAAGUUCACGCAGUUCAAUUCGUAAACGUUUACUUUAACAAGCAAAUUAUUUUAAUUAUUAUUUUUUUAUAUACAUAUUUGUUUUGAUAAUAUAAUUUGUAUGACUAAUGCUGUAUGCUGCUCAGAGUGGCACUAAUGGUGAAAUGUAUUAAAAUGAAUGAAA